UCUCUCUCGCUGAUGCUCUCUCUCUCGGCGCUGCUGUUCUCAGUGCGGAGUUUGUUUCCUCUCCGAGGCUGCUGUUAUAACCCCCCCCCUCCCACCAUUGGAAGUCGUUGGCCAUCGAAGUGAAUCGUUGUCCAGGCUCGGCGCCCGCUUUAGCUUCCGACAUGUGGCGGGGUCCGUGGCGCCCGCCGUCCCUGCCGGCCCGGGCUCGUUCUGGGUCACACGUUGCGCGUCGUGGCCGCCGAAGUGCAACGCUGCCGCGUCCCCUGUAACCCGCAGCCCUGUUCGACAACGGCAGCAGUGGCCAACGUACGCCGACGAUGCCGAGUUGCGAGUCGCGGCUGCCAGUGGUGAAUGUUAACUGAAGGCUGCCUCCCCCUCGGCCUCUGACCGACCCGUACCCAUCGGAGCGGUGAAGUAUGGCUAAACAACAACUCGCCUUUUGAAAUGUCCAAGAGGCCUGCAGACUUCUGGGCCUCAAGACGGUCCGCAUCAACUGCCUGGACGAGCACGGGAUGACGCCGCUGAUGCACGCCGCCUACAAGGGCCGAGCCGAGCUGUGCGAGCUGCUGCUGCGGCACGGGGCCAACGUGAACUGCAACGAGCAUGAGCACGGUUACACCGCCCUCAUGUUCGCCGGGCUCUCUGGGAACAAGGAGAUCACUCGCAUGAUGCUGGAGGCCGGCGCCAAGACGGACGCGGUGAACUCCGUGGGACGGACCGCCGCACAGAUGGCAGCAUUCGUGGGGCAGCACGACUGCGUCACCAUCAUCAACAACUUCUUCUCGCGGGAGAGCCUCGACUACUACACCAGGCCGCAGGGCCUCGAGACCGAGGCCCGGCUCCCGGCUAAGCUGGCCGCCCCACUGCACCGCAUCAUCCUCACCACCAACCUCAACCCCGUCAAGGUGGUGCUGAUGGCGGCCGAGGGCCCGCUGUGCUCGGUGGAGGCGCUAGCGGCGUGCGCGCGCGUGCUGGAGCGCGUGUGCGAGCGCUGCAUGCAGCAGCAGGACAUGAACGAGGUCCUCGCCGUCAAGAUCCACUACCUGGGCGCCAUCUUCUCGCGCUGCCUCGCGCACCUCCGCGACGGUGUGCGUGGCGGUGGCGGCCUUGAUGGGCUGCUCAAAAGCCUGCUGAAGGGCCGCGAGGAGGACGGCUUCCCGCUGUACCAGGAGAAGUUUGUGCGCGAGGCCGUGCGCAAGUUCCCCUUCCCGCAGGCGACGCUGCUGCAGCAGCUGGUGCGCAGCAUCGCGCCCGUCGAGAUCGGCCGGGAGCCGACGGCGCUGUCCAUCCUCACGCAGGCCGUCACGGGCCAGGUAGGCCUCGUGGACGCCGAGUUCUGCACGACCUGCGGCGAGAAGGGCGCCGACAAGAAGUGCUCCGCCUGCAAGAUGGUGGUGUACUGUGGGCAGCCAUGCCAGAAGCUGCACUGGUUCACGCACAAGAAGUCGUGCCCCCACCUGGCAGAGGAGUGGCGGCGCCAGGAGGCACGGGCGGCGCACGAGAGGGACAAGUUGGGGAAACGGCAGGAAGAGGAGCAGCAGCAGCAGCUGGAGAGCCCUGCAGCAGGGGCGAGUAAAGGAAACGGAGAGGGCGGCGAGGAGACGCCCGCGUCAGUGCCCGAAGACCCGACGCAGGCAGCGCCACAGACGCCUACGGCCCCCGCGCCUCGUGAGGACCCCAAGGGGGGAGACUCCACAGUGGGGGAGGGUGUGACGACGCACAGUGUGGAGGAGUGAUGGGGACAAGGGUGCGCGCGUGAUGGGUUGGGGGCGGGGGUGGGUAGUGAUGGGGAGGAAGGGUGGAGGAGUGUCAAGUAGUGACUUGAGAGUGUAGAGUAGUGGCGGGGAGUGACGGAGCAGGGAGGAGGAAUGAUCGACCAUGCGGACGAGGAGCGCGAUCGGUGCGAGUGUGGCGGAGCGAUGGAGCGUUCGGGGGUGACUCGGGAGUGGCCCCGGGGGUGCGGUGGCCUGUGCUCGGCCACACCACUCGCCCCUCCGCGCCGUCUGCGCCAGCCGCGAGACCCUCGCGAAGAGAUUGCGCCGAUCGUUUAUUCGAAACCAGAAGGUGGAAUCACGGCCGUUUCCAAGCUCGACCUCCGAUCGGUGGUGACCCAUCUCCCCACGGCCAAUAAAACCAGUACCACUUUGUGAAACGUCAACAGCGCGCAUUCCAUGGUGUCUUAACGGCAAAGCAGGUCGCCGCCACCCCUGCCACAGCAAUGUGGAAUUGGCACCCUUGCUUUAGGGACGGCGUGCGGAGCCUAGCGGCGUUGUUACACAGCGAGAGCGGAGCUGGGGUGGCGCUUUGUGGUGGUAGAAGUGCAUUUUUUUUUCUGCAGUGGCCUCUGCCGGCCCACAGCAAUCCCCCCCCAACCGCCCUUCUCCCAGGCUCGGGUGAUUGUGCACUCCGGGUGAUUUCUUAAAUUGUGGUGAUUGUGGCCGACCUGGUAAUGCGGGUCUCUAUUGCCUGCCAAGAGGCAAAAACGACAUAAUAGCCCAUCAAUAGCCCAUCAAAGGCUCCCCGUUGCUACGACAGAGCCGAGUAUCCCCAAAGGCUGACCGCGCUGGUUGGCUUUGCCGCAUAGCUCUACUGGCGCAGCAGCAGCACCACCGGAUGAGGCCGGACGUUCACGGCAUCUUAAGUGCGACGCGGCUAUUAAUAAACAAGUCAAAUAAAUACUCGGCAAGUAGUAAAAAAAAAGUCGAUCAUUUACAGACCUAUUGUAAAAUCCACUACUGGAAUUAAGGCAUCCUUCCCCGCCGCCACUCCCCACCCCCCCCCCCCCGAGUUGGUGUUGUUUGACCAUACUUCACCAUUUCUGGUUGGUGUGCGGAUUGGUGAAAAGGGCGGGGAGGGGCUACGUUGGGUGGCCGGGGAGUCGGUAGCGCAGGGCGCCAGCCACUGCUGUGGGUAGCGCAGGGCGCUAGCCACCGACCAGAAGAUGGCCGUGUAGCGGUUAAAGCGUGGCUUACGGAGAGCGUGGAGGCCUGGUGGCUCGGGUCUGAGAAGUGGAGCUGGCACCGCUGAACCACCGAUGUGCACUGUGUUCUCAGGUGCAAUGGGCAGACCCCCCCCCCCCUCUCUAGACUCCGAUAGAAGACCCAUAAGCUCGCAUAGCAGAGGGGAUCCAUCGACUCUCAGACAUCCACAGACUAAGCUUGUGAUUAAAUUUCGAUUUAAAGCU